CCACCGAGAAAAGGCGACCCGCGAGAUCCACCACGCCUUCAAAAGCGAGGCGGAGGUAGAGGAGGCGUCGAUGGAGCAGCAGAGGAUGGUGAUAGUGGGGGAGGAGCACUGCGACGGGGAGGAGAGGGAGCUGACGGUGAGGAAGACGACGCUGUUCUGCCCCGGGGACGGGCUGGAGGCGUACGACCACCGGACGGGGACGCUGGCGUUCAGGGUGGAGACGUACGGGCGGGGAGGGAUGUGCGGGGGAGGGGCGGCGGCGGGGGACCUGGCGCUGCUCGGGCCGGCGGGGGAGGCCGUGCUGACCGUCCGCCGCCGCCGGCCCAGCCUGCACCACCGCUGGGACGGGUUCCUCGGGGACGGCGCCGCGUCGGGGCAGAAGCCGCUCUUCUCCGCCCGCCGCUCCUCCAUCCUCGGCGUCGGCUCCGGCGCCGCCGCGGUGCUCGUCGACCUCCUCGCCCCCGGCGCGACCGGCGAGUUCCGCGUCGACGGGUCCUUCCCGAGGCGCUGCUGCCGUGUGGUGGCCGUCAAGGCCGCCGGCGGCGGCGAUGAGGAGGAGGAGGUGGUGGCGGAGGUGCGGAGGAAGGUUGACGAGGACGCGCACGUGGUGAUGGGGCGGGACGUGUUCGUGCUGUGGGUGCGCGCCGGGUUCGACGCGGCGUUCGCCAUGGGGGUCGUGCUCGUGCUCGACCGGAUCACCGGCGACGAGAUCGACGGCGACCUCAGCGAGGACCUCGCCGUCGCCGGCUCGCCGCAGUAAGGCGCUUGCGGCGGAUCACUGGGUCCACGCUUCCCUAUGUGUAAAAUAUGUAUUAUCUCGCAAAUUAUUUUUGCAAGUUUUCUUCUCAAGUUUAGAUACUUUUGCCUUGUGAAUUGAGCUUGUAGCUUUGAGCGAAUCGCAAGUUACUUCUAAUUACGUUAGGCUUCAGCAGCAAUAAUCAUA